UCAGGUCUGGUUUCAAAAUCGCCGUGCCAAAUGGCGUAAAACGGAAAAAUGCUGGGGCCGCAGCACAAUUAUGGCCGAAUAUGGCCUGUAUGGAGCCAUGGUCCGCCAUUCGCUGCCUUUGCCAGAGACCAUAUUGAAAUCGGCCAAGGAUAAUGAAUCUGUAGCACCCUGGCUGCUAGGUAUGGAGAACAAAAGUAUGCAUCGCAAAUCCAUAGAUGCCCAACACACAUUACGUGAUGAUUCCGGGGUCAGUGAUCCCGAAGACCCAGAGGCGGAUGUUGAAACAACUACCAACAAAUCAAAGGAAUCCCUCAAGAACUCCAAGGAAUUAAGUUCUUCAACCGAGUCCCUGAAUGUUGUAAGUCCCGCACCACCCAUGACCACUUUACCGCUGGCCUCAGCCUCACCAGCUACCACACCAACAGCCACCACAACAUCGACGCCUUCACCCCAUAUUGAUUUGAAUUCGCCUACCUCGUCGCCCACCAUACAACAACACCAGCAGCAGCAGCAACAACAACACCUUCAACAAUAUCAUCAUCAUUAUAAUGCCCAACAUUUGGCCGCAUCUGGAAGGCUGGCCUCAUUUCAGACUCUGCAACAACAUUCUUCCAACAAAGACUCCAAUGCGGAUGACAGAAUCUCUAUGGCACAAUCUUCUCCGACACUGGCAUCACACAGCACACCGCCAACUCCAUCUUAUCAUCCGCUAUUGGAUGCCGCCAAUGCCAGUGCCUGUGCUGGUGCGGCCAGUACCAAAGAUUUUCACAUGAUCAUGAACUCAGCUGUGGCAGCGGCAGCUGCUGCAGCCGCCAGUGAUAUUUAUGGAACGAGUUUGGUACAGGAUCCAGAUACGUUCAGAAACAAUUCAAUUGCCUGUCUGCGUGCCAAGGCCCAGGAACAUCAGGCUCGCCUUUUAAAUAGCGGCCUUUUUUUGCAGGUGCGUUCAUUUGCCGAUUUGCAGCAACGACAUCACCAGCAGCAGCAACAACAACAACAGCAUCACGCUUUACAACAACAAGGAAAAUCCAAUGUCAGCAAUAAUUUCAAAAUUUGUGAUACAAAAUCUUUAGCAGUAGACCCGCAGCCAGUCAACACGUCUGGCAGUAACAAUUUGACUGUGGUACCACCCAUUUCGAAACGAGAAAUUGUAUAAAAUCUGUAAUUGUCAUAUAAGAUUUUUAUGAAAUUGAAGAAGAAUUAAAACACACACACCCACAUAUAUUUUAACAUUU